AUGGCAUCAAGUUCAAAUUCCUCUACCAUUGGGAAUAUCCAGAAUCUAAUGCCUAUUUUUUAUGGUGAGAAUUAUGAGUAUUGGAGUGUUCAAAUGAAGACUCUGUUCAUCUCCCAGGAUCUUUGGGAUAUUGUUGAAGAUGGGUAUGAGGAGCAAGAAAUAUCAAAAGCAGGAAAGGAAACGCAAGAAAAGCAGCAGACUUACAAGGAAAAUAAGAAAAAAGAUGCCAAGGCGUUGUUUCUAAUUCAACAAGGAGUAAGCAAAAAUCUUUUUCCAAGAUUACUUCCAGCAACAACAUCAAAGCAGGCUUGGGAAAUUCUCAAAAUUGAGUUCAAAGGUUCAGAAAAAGUUAUCUCAAUCAAACUGCAAUCCUUAUGGCGGGAAUUUGAUAACUUACUUAUGAAAGACACUGAAUCCAUUCAAGUAUUCUUCACAAAGGUUUCUGGGAUUGUGAACCAAAUCAAAUGUUAUGGGGACACUAUUCCAGACAAGAAAAUCGUAGAGAAAACUUUACGAAGUCUUCCGCCAAAAUAUGAUCAUGUCGCUGCUGCAAUAGAAGAAUCAAAAGAUUUAUCUACACUUUCUUUACAUGAAUUAAUUGGUUCAUUGGAAGCACAUGAAAAAAGAAUCAACAGAUCCACAGAACAAUCUGUGGAGCAAGCUUUCCAGUCCAAGGUGAAUUCGAAAGAGAAAGAAGACAAACAAAAAGGAGGACAAUUCCAGAAAUCUCAAAAUGGGAGAAACAAAAAUUUUGGGCGUAGAAACUACAACAAAGGAGGCAAUAGUUUCAAUAAUCAACAACAAGGCAGCAGUCUCAAUCAUCAAGAAGGAAGCAACAGUUCCAAUAAUCAACAAGGAAGCAGCAAUUCAAAUAAUCAAAAUGGAAGAUCAUCCAUUCAAUGCUAUGUUUGCAACAAAUAUGGGCAUAAAAGUGCAGAUUGCCGAUACAAAUGUACCCGAUGCAGGAUACCCAAUCAUUCACAAAGAGACUGCAGAUAUCAGAAAAACAAUGAAGCAAAUUUUACGGAGAACAAUGACUCUCAAGAGCAAUUAUUUUAUACAUGUUUCAGUUCUCAUAAAGAUUCCCAAGAUGUUUGGAGGGCUGGCGAUUGUUGCUUCGAGACCCUUGGUAGCGAUAUGAGACAUGACCUGAGUUGUGGUUGGAGUGGAAACUGGAGGAGUUACGAGACCCGUUUUGUAAGGGAAAAUUGCAAGACCGCUGAAACUGGGAGGAGCAACGAUUGGAAGUGUGACCAGAUCUGUUCUGAUAAUUGCCACCUCUUGAGUUAG